AUGCCCUGCCUUCGUCCCGAUACCGUCCCCCACUAUUUCAUGAUCUUUUCGGGUGAUUUUAGACUCUUCAUCUGGCGUUAUCUUCUCAAACUGCCCGAGAAUACAGAAGCUUACAAGGCAUUGUCACAGAAGGGUAUUCAUCCCUCUUUUGCUAAUCUGGCAGAAAAAUAUCCCGUUAGAAGUUCAAAACUUUUUCGGAGCCUUCAGCGGACCUGUUCGGCGUUGGCCUUCUGGUCCGAACUCUUUGGGGAGACCACCUAUCUGCCUCUGCUGGCAUUCCCUUUCGUGAAGCUCUUCCAGGGAAAUCAACUGCAGGCCUUCGAAGUGCUGGCCACCGUUCUGAGUGCGUUUUCUACUUUACUAGCUAACUUUCAAUGUUUUUAUGUGUGA